CUUCAAGUGACACGUGACACGGAACUCGGUGACGUCGUAGGACAACAAAGAUGGCAGGGAUAGGGAGCAGCAACUACUGGGAAGAUCUGCGAAAGCAGGCCAGACAAUUAGAGAAUGAACUUGACCUGAAGUUGGUCUCCUUCAGUAAACUGUGCACCAGCUACAGCAGCCCAAGGGAUGGACGUCGAGGAGAAACGUCAGACACUACUCCUCUACUAAACAACUCUACACAGGACAGGAUGUUUGAUACCAUGUCGGUAGAGAUUGAACAGCUGCUGGCUAAAUUGACUGCAGUAAAUGACAAGAUGGCUGAAUACACCAAUGCACCAGGAGCAGCUUCUCUUAAUGCUGCACUCAUGCACACGCUUCAGAGACAUAGAGACAUCUUACAGGAUUACACACAUGAAUUCCACAAAACCAAAAGCAACUUUUUGGCCAUACGGGAGAGAGAAGACCUGCUAGGGUCUGUCAGGAAAGAUAUUGAGACGUUCAAGAGCGGCUCUGGGGUCAACAACAGAAGAACAGAGCUGUUUCUAAAGGAGCACGAGCAUCUGAGAAAUUCGGACAGAUUGAUGGAUGACACAAUAAGUAUUGCCAUGGCAACCAAGGAGAACAUGACCUCCCAAAGGGGCAUGCUGAAAUCCAUACAGAGCAGGGUCAACACACUGGCCAACCGUUUCCCUACCAUUAACAAUCUCAUCCAACGAAUCAACCUGCGGAAGCGACGAGACUCUCUCAUCCUUGGCUCGGUGAUUGGUGUCUGCACCAUUCUCCUUCUCCUUUAUGCUUUUCACUGAAAUCCAGGCCCAGUGAAAAGGAGCUGGACUGAUGUGCUUUUAAUGGUGCGAGACCCCCAGGAGACUAAGCUCAGUGGUAGGAGGAGGCUAGAUGACACUGAGCCAAAGGACUUUCUCUAGGUCUAGGUUCUUAGACCUGAAAAAAAAUGUGUCCAGCAUGAACUACUGAACUUGUAUUUAGCAGUGGACAAAUAGGGACCUGGUGAUUGGGUACUCUUCUGCAAUGAAGGCAAUGGAGACCAAAAGUACAGAUAAGACUAGAUUUUAAAGAAUCAUAUUAAUAACUCACUUGGAACGAGAGGCAGUGUUGUUGAAACCGUGAAGAGACUGUGAUGCAUAAUUAUUUUUUUCUUUUUUUUUAGUCAUUUUUAAUUGAUCAAGUGGGAUGAAUAUUUCAUUGUGGGCUGUAAAAUGUGAAUUAAUAAAUUAUUCAUAUCAAUAUGUGCAAAAGUAUUUGACACUAAUAUAUCCAUGCAUUAAAUACAUUUUAUAUUUCAAAAUC